AUGGAUUGGCAUAAUAAUAGCCGAAUACCACCGCUGAAACUAAAGUUUAUGAUAACUAUCGGCCUAUUGAUGGCCGGCAUUUGUAGCACAAUAUUCGGUGCACUCCAAUGGAUACCAUCGGGAACACCAUUCAUAGCCAUAGCAAUGGCCAGUCGUACUAUUGAAGGGUUAGGUUCGGCCGCUUUUUUUGUCAGCUGUUGGACAACUAUUUGUAUAAAAUUUCCUAAAAAUAUAUCAAAAUUAUUUGCCACAACAGAGAUGUGUUACGGUGUGGGUAUGAUAUUUGGUCCGGCAAUCGGUGGUCUACUUAAUCAAUUGGGUGCAAACAUUGGUAUAGCAUUUUGUUUGCCAUUUUUCGUUAUGGGAUUACUUUUACUAAUGGAUAACAAAUCAUCACUAGAGAGGACCAGUGUUUUCAAUGUUUUAAGCAAUUUUAAUAUAACACUAAAUGUCUUAAUUAGUGUCAACUGUUGGCUAUUGAUUGGUUUCAAUGAGGCAACACUUAAACUACAUUUGGAAACUAUACAGAAGCUAUCAUCGGUAACAACUGGCGGCAUAUUUGUCAUAUCGGGUGCAUUGUAUGCACUGUUCAAUCAAGUUUGGGCUUAUUUUGCCGAUAAAAUGUCAAACUGUCACCCGUUAUGCCUAAUAGGCUGUACCUCAUCGUUGAUAGCCUUCCUAAUUGUCGGUCCGAUGCCUUUCUUUCCCAUUGAAUCACAACUGUGGCUUACAAUACUCGCACAGGUAUUCAUAGGCCUGGGAAUGGGCGGUCAGUUUGUCGGCAGUUUUAUACAGGGAUUACGUGAAACAUUUAAAUCUGGUUUUCCCGAUAAUGUUUCCACAUUUGCAGUGGUUUCCGGUAUAUUUUCAUCAGCACUGGCAAUGGGAUCGGCAAUCGGUUCGGGAGUUGGCGGUUAUCUGUUGGGACAAAUGGGCUAUCGAUGGGCAACCGUACCCAUAGUUGGCCUACAAUUGUUUAUGAUGGCCACCUUUGACAGCACAAGCAAACACUAUCUCUCAUUCACUCUCUCAUUGGCUGACCCUUCAUGUCAUCCACUAUUUAAGUGGAGGUCAGCCAUGCUUUCGCUCUCUUCCACAUCGCUCUUGCAUUCGGUCUCUGGACUUGACUUCUCUUCAAUCACUUCCCUUCCUUUCAAUCACUUGAAUCAAUCUUUUGUUUGA